ACUUUAAAAAGGAUGUGUGAUCAUUUUGGAAAAUAUACACAAAUGUAAUGAAAAAAUAUAAAUUCCUGACAUCAUCUAGUGCCACCGCUCACCAGCUGUUUCCAUCCUAAAUCAAUGACAUUCUACCUCUAUCUCAACUGCAAAUAGAACUCUUUACUUUGCAAGGGGGCAAAUUCUGUGUUGAGCAGCUUAACCUGGUAUUACUCAAAAUAGUUUUUUGGUUUUUUUACCAAAACAUUAAGAUAUACUACAUUUUACAUCUUGACCAGGACUUACCUGGUAACUCAGCUGGUAAAGAAUCAGCCUGUAAUGCAGAACACCUGGGUUUGAUCCCUGGGUUGGGAAGAUCCCCUGGAGGAGGGCAUGGCAACUCACUCCAGUAUUUUUGCCUGGAGAAUCCCCAUGGACAGAGGAGACUGGCAGGCUACAGUCCAUGGGAUCCCAAAGAGUUGGACACGAUUGAGCGACUAAACACAGCACAUCUUGACCUAUACACACCUAGGAUUCUGUAUAUUAAUCUCUCCCUAUCUGAAACAGAAAAAUCAGAAUGGAGAUCUCCUCUCAUCAGUCUCACCUCCUGCAGCAACUGAAUGAGCAGCGCAGGCAGGAUGUAUUCUGUGACUGCAGUAUUCUGGUUGAAGGGAAGGUCUUCAAAGCCCAUCGAAACGUCUUAUUUGCUAGUAGUGGCUACUUUAAAAUGCUUCUUUCUCAGAACUCCAAGGAGACAAGUCAGCCAACCACAGCGACAUUUCAGGCCUUCUCUCCUGACACUUUUACAGUUAUCCUGGACUUUGUCUAUUCCGGCAAGCUCUCUCUCACGGGUCAGAAUGUCAUAGAAGUGAUGUCAGCUGCUAGCUUCCUUCAGAUGACUGAUGUCAUCAGUGUAUGUAAGACCUUUAUUAAAUCUUCGUUAGACAUUAGUGAGAAAGAAAAGGAUCGCUAUUUCAGCCUCUCUGAUAAAGAUGCCAAUUCUAAUGGAAUAGAACGCUCCUCUUUUUAUAGCAGUGGCUGGCAAGAUGAAAGCAGUUCUCCUCGUUCUCACCUAAGCCCAGAUCAAGGAACAGGUAUAAUAAGUGGGAAAUCUUGGAGUAAGUAUAAUUACCAUCCAGCCUCCCAAAGGAAUACUCCACAGCCUCUGACCAAGCAUGAACAAAGGAAAGAUUCCAUUAAAAAGUCCAAACAUCUGAGGUUGUCACAGCCUUCUGAAAUGACUCAUUAUAAGUCAAGCAAGCGAGAAGCACGGACAUCUGAUUCUUCCAGCCACACCUCCCAGUCUGAAGAACAGGCACAGAUGAAUGCGGAAAUGGACUCUACUCCUGUUAGCUAUCAGUAUGGUCAAGGAUCUGAUGUCACGUCAAGAAGUUUUCCAGAUGACCUGCCCAGGAUGAGGUUCAAGUGCCCGUACUGCACACACGUGGUGAAGCGGAAGGCAGACCUCAAGCGCCACCUUCGCUGUCACACUGGAGAAAGACCCUACCCCUGUCAAGCUUGCGGGAAAAGAUUUAGUCGGCUCGACCAUCUAAGUAGCCAUUUUCGAACAAUUCACCAGGCAUGCAAACUUAUCUGCAGAAAAUGCAAGCGCCAUGUGACUGAUCUAACAGGUCAAGUGGUACAGGAAGGAACUAGGCGCUACAGACUCUGUAACGAGUGCCUCGCUGAAGUUGGCAUAGACAGCCUCCCCAUUGAUCUGGAAGCUGAACAGCAUCUUAUGUCCCCAUCAGAUGGAGAUAAGGAUUCCAGAUGGCACAUGAGUGAAGAUGAGAACAGAUCGUACGUGGAGAUAGUUGAGGAUGGGUCUGCCGAUCUGGUCAUACAACAGGUGGAUGAUAGUGAAGAAGAAGAAGAAAAGGAAAUAAAGCCCAACAUCAGGUAGCUGGAGUGUGAACCAACAGAGCCUGCAGCUUACACUGACGUUCUUGUGUCACUCUCUUUCCACGCCCAGAGUCUAAUCAACGAAUUAUCAGAUCAACUUAAAAGUAAUGCCCUGACACCACUUGCAUGAUUUCUGAACAGGCCAUUGUAUCCAUCCUGAACUUUACCGCCCUAAAAUCUGUUGCUGCACUAGAAAGAAAGACCUAGCUUGAGUUGACACGCUGGAUGAACAAUUAAUCCUCUUACUUUUAUUGUGUUACAGAAAUACCUUUUUAAAAAAAAUACUGAAAAAUCUACUUAGGGAACUUUUUUCAAAGAAAAUAUUUUCAAUAAAUUCACCACAACCAAACUUGAUAUAAAAUAAUUUCAAAGUGUUUCAAAAACAUGUAAACUACCACUAUUGAAUUUUCACAGGGAACUAGGUCAGAGCACAUUUAAGGGUCUGGAAACCUACCUGACUUAACUAAUUAGACUUUCUAUUAACUUUGCAUCUAAAACGACCUAUCAUAAUUCCAAUAUCCUAAGUGUUUUAGCAUUAUGGCAGAAGGCAAGUCUAAAUGUUUGAAGUUGUUCACAUUUGAAAUUUUUGUCAUUAAAUUAGAAGUUACUCUUAUGAGUCAGGAUUUAAAAAAAAAAAAGAUGAAGAAGCUGACCAGAAAUUAUAUAUAGACAUCAUUUUCUUAAAGCAGGAACCUAAUAUUGUCAACGUAGUUUUUGAAGAUCGGUCAAUAUAGCCAUCUUCUUCUCUAAAGAAAAAAAAAGAAAACAAAAACUGGAGGUUCCUACCAGUUCUUAAGCGUAAUUUCCUACAUUUAUAUACUGCUUUAUUAUUUAUAAAGUGCUCUUUCUUGCAUUUCCCCACCUAAUCAGCAAGGUAGAUAGCACUGUCUCUAAUGUACAAAUAAGGAAAUUAAGGUCAGAAAGUUUAAGUGGUGGGACCAGAGAUUGGACAGGUUUUGAUUUUAAAUAGUCCUCUUUCAACUGUCUCUCCUUGAAUUGUCAAACCUCACCAAUCUGCAAUAAUUAUAAAAGAAGCCUAUGAGAAUGAGAACGUAUGAAAGAAGAGGAAUUUAAUCAUCUUCGACAACGUAUAAUACCUUGCAUUAGAGCUAUUCAAGAAGUGUCAAGCAAUGUCCCUACAGUAUCUAUUGACAUGUUUUUAUGUUAUUUAUAUGUAAAAUUUAUAUAUAAAACUAUUUGAACAAGUUAUUCUCCUAAGUUCUUUAAGCAUCUUUGCUUGUUUAUGUAAUUUUUCCAAACAAACUUUUCUACCAGGAUACAAAAUGAAGUUUUAACGCCUCCCCAUAUGAAUUAUAAAACAUUCCAAAAUUACAGUCAAAGUGAAGAAGCAUUAUUUUAGUUGUAAAGAUUAAAUACUAGAAGUAAAGAACUGUCCUUCAUAAAAGUCUUGGCACGUUAUCCCAAUUAAGCUUCUUUUAAUUUAAUUUUGAUAGAGAGAGGCUCCGUAUAUUACUCUGUAUUUUUAACUGCCAUGACAUACCUCAAGAUAGUUUUUAUGUUAUUAUUUUCUCUUAUUCUUUAAUUAAUGAUUGUCCUUAAUACCAAUUUGUGGGCUAAAGUGGUUAAUUUCUUUCAUUUUUUUUUUUAUUAAUAGGUGAUGACCACUUUGUUUUAUGGUACUUAAUUCUGAUUUUUUUUUUUCAAGAUUCUCCUGAUGGUAAAUUUCCAGUUGCUUCAAGACUGGAUAGUGUGCAUUGCGUUUGUUGUCUCCCAAUAUGACCAUUGCUGAAUCAGGAGUCUCAACAACUAAACUGUUACACGUGAGAGAGGGAACAUAAGUAUAAUAUGAGUCUGAACCAUUGGAGCCAAUAAGAAAAAUGACUGAUUUGAGCUUUAUUUAUAGAAAUGAAGUCAUGCUUGCAUGUGUAUACUUUAACGCACUUUAGUCUAUGACCUAAAUGUUCUUUAAUGCUCCUGUAUUCUGCAUGCAAACAUCAGCAUGAAUGUCAGCACAGGCCACGGAGCACGGUGCCACCAGCACUUGUAGGGCCUUAUCAGAGAUGUGCUUUCUCACAAUUGUUCAUAAGAAGCAUCGCGGUCCCCACAAAACAGAGAUGUGCUUUCUCACAAUUGUUCAUAACAAGCAUCGCGGUCCCCACAAAACAGCUAUCAGAGUCACCAGAUUAGAUAGCACAUCUGUUCUGUUAUUUUAGUAUAUAAAAGAACAUUUGUGACAUGUUUGUAAGUUGUAAAUAAUAGCUACAGUAUCAUAUCAUAUUUACCUAAGACUUUAGAGACCAAUUCUUUUCUAGAGUGAAACUGUCAAUGAAUGAUUUCUAAGAAAACUGAAUUCUUUGGCUCUUAAAUGUGGGAAAAUGUUACAUAGGGGUAUAAUCUGUUAAUAUAAGCUUUAUUUAUGCCAAGAUUUUUUUUAACAUUAGGAAAAUAAUGGAAGUUGGUUAGACCAAAGUUUGCUCUUACAAGAAUGCUGUUUGUCAGCUUCUGAAUACCCUUGUAAGUCUAUGGUCCUCAAGAGUAUCUGGUUGAUGGGAUGAAGUUUUGCAAAAAUAAAGCAGCACUGCAGUCAUGUUUAGGGUCUGGAGGAAGCAAAAUAGACUAGGUUGGUGGUUUAAAAGGGUUUUUUUUUAACUCACGAAACCCUUUCUUCAAAUAAAUUGUUUCAUAGAGAAGUUCAGCAUUUAAAGCAAACUAAUAAUAGAGCUGCUCUGGUUAAAGCUCCUUGUAAGCCUUUCCCCACACACUUCUGCAGAGCUCAGGAGUCCAACGCUGAAAACCCUGGGCAGGAUCACUUUUUAAAUUCCCUUUGAGCAUUACACUCUCGCUUUAUUACUCCUGCUACUCCCGGCACUUCUAAGCUGGUAACCAUAGAAUCUCUUAGAGCAGCAAAUCACGUCUUUACAAGGUUUCUUCUAUAGUUACUACAUCUUAAGACCUUUUUCAGAACAGAUUUUUCAGUAUUGUAUGUUUGAGUGAUGGAAUCAAGCAUGGUUACUUCUUUUAUGUGGCCAAGUUACCACUGAAUGGAUAAAAAGUUUAGUGUUUCAGCUACUUAUGAGCUCAGAACUCAAUUCAUUGAAGUUAUUUUGCCAAGUCUUGCUAAGAUGUAUUGAAAUUUCCACUCAUACUGGUUAUAUGUAUUUGGAGUCCUAAACUUCAUACUAUGGAAGAAAUCACUAAAAAAAAAAUAUAGCAUAAGAUGUGUUUAACUGGGAAGCUUGAUAUUAGUAGGUACUGGAGGACCAAACUUUAUAAAUGGAAAGUUGUAUGUUAUUUUAUAUUAGAGUGGAUCAGUAUUACUAUUUAUCAUUUAUAUAGCAUUUUAUAUUUGCAAAGUAUUUAAUAAUUUUUAUGUUAUUCUUUAAGUAUCUAUGAAAUAGGAUGUUUAUCACAUGAAAGGUAAAGAAAUUAAGGCACAGAACAAUAAAGCAACCUACCUAAGACAACACAGUGAAACAAUGCAGAAAUUGGAAUUAGAAUGAUCAGAUUUUCUGAAUCUUAGAAUAUCAGCUUAAAUCACUGAGGUGUGUUGUGUAUUACUCUAUUUUAUAAGAUGAGUUUAUACAAAUAACAAUUGUUUUAAAGCUGACAUCAUUGUAUGUGGAUAAUAAAUCCUAUACAGAAUAAAUAUUAUGUAAAGGA